AUGGUUCUGCAGGAUUUUGUGGUUCUGCAGGACUUGGUGGUUCUGCAGGACUUGGUGUUUCUGCAGGAUUUGGUGGUUCCGCAGGACAUGGUGGUUCUGCAGGAUUUUGUGGUUCUGCAGGACUUGGUGGUUCUGCAGGACUUCAUGUUUCUGCAGGACUUGGCGGUUCUGCAGGACUUGGUGGUUCUGCAGGAUUUGGUGGUUCUGCAGGACUUGGUGGUUCUGCAGGACUUGGUGGUUCAGCAGGACUUGGUGGUUCUGCAGGACUUGGACUUGGUGGUUCUGCAGGACUUCAUGUUUCUGCAGGACUUGGUGGUUCUGCAGGACUUGGUGGUUCUGCAGGACUUGGUGGUUCUGCAGGACUUGGUGGUUCUGCAGGACUUGGUGGUACUGCAGGACUUCAUGUUUCUGCAGGACUUGGUGGUUCUGCAGGACUUGGUGUUCCAGUCGAGCCCACACCAUCAGACCUCCACCUCUGUGCUGGGGGCUGCUCUGAGCUGUUUGCUGCAGUGCAUUGUGGGCUGKUUGASUACAGGUCUCCAGAACCUGCUGCCGACUCUGAUGAUCUGGAUCGUCCAUUUCAAGUCCUGCUUGUCUGAAGAUGAAGGGAACACCACCAAUUUGGACGAAGGAACAGUUCCCACUGAUUACUACGACGAUUUUCCGACAGUUUGUGAGAAGGAAUCGAACCGACACUUCCGUCUCUGGUUCGUCCCGAUCUUCUACAGCAUCAUCUGCCUGCUGGGGCUGGCCGGGAACCUGCUGGUCAUCCUCACCGUCUUCUACUUCAAGCGUCUGAGGAACAUGACGGACGUGUACCUGCUCAACCUGUCAUUCGCCGACCUGCUCUUCGCCCUGUCGCUCCCCUUCUGGGCGUCCAACUCGCUGUCGGAGUGGGUUCUGGGCCUGGCCGUGUGCAAGGCCAUGCACGCCGUCUACAAGGUGAGCUUCUACAGCAGCAUGUUCCUGCUCUGCUUCAUCAGCAUCGACCGCUACUUCGCCAUCUCCAAGGCCGUCUCCGCUCACCGCCACCGCUCGCAGGCCGUCCUCUUCAGCAAGGUGUCGUCGGCCGCCAUCUGGGUCCUGGCCAUGGUCUUCUCCAUCCCGGAGAUGGUCUACACCAACAUCAACAACAACACCUGCUCGCCGUUCUCCAGCAGCACGGACCGGCUGCGCGUCAGCCUCCAGUCCAGCCAGAUCGUCCUCGCCUUCCUCCUCCCUCUCCUGGUCAUGAGCGUCUGCUACAGCAGCAUCGUCCGGACGCUCUGCCAGGCUCGCAGCUUCGAACGCAACAAGGCCAUCAAGGUCAUCCUGGCCGUGGUGGCCGUCUUCCUGGUGUCCCAGGUGCCUUACAACGUGGUCCUCUUCUGGACCACGGUGGACACGGGAAAUGGAGGGACCAAGAUCUGCGCCUACGAGAACAAGCUGCUGUUCGCCACCGACGUCACGCAGUGCGUGGCCUUCCUGAGGUGCUGCCUGAACCCCUUCGUCUACGCCUUCAUCGGCGUGAAGUUCCGCCACGACCUGCUGAAGCUGCUGAAGGACAGCGGCUGCUUGAGUCAGGAGAGGUUCUACAGGUACACCUUCAGGAGGCGGAGCUCCGCGGGGCUGGACACAGAAACCACCACCACCUUCUCUCCCAAAGGUGCCGUCACCUCACCCAAAGACAUGGCCGACCUUUAAGGGCCGGAGCGUCACCUGUAAAUACCUGAAGAAAUA